GCAGAAAUCUACACAAGUUUUCUUUUUGCAGAUGAAAAUUUUCAUGUGAAAAUUUUCUUUUCAAAUUACUUACUAUUUAAAGAUUAAAUAAUUCAUAAAUAGUAUAUGAAAAACAUUUAACAAAGUUUGAUUAUAAAUUGUGAACAGCAAAGACCAAAAAAUAUAUGAGUCGAAACGUAUAACAACUGAUUCAAGAAAAAAGACUUAAAAGAAAAGUGGAAUUAAUUAAAGCGGAGCACCGGUGUGCUCGCAAGAACUGAAAAAUUGGGUAGCGUGUGUAUACAUAUGUGUCUUAAAUUUGUAUAAAAGAAAGGGAAGUGAAAAAAAGAAUUUGCUAGUCACUUGUCUACAAAUUGAAUUUAAAAACUUAGUUUUAAAAAAUUGUUAGCAAAUAUGGCUGACGGCGUGGUGUUAGAUCUCUACGCCGAAGACUUGGAUAAAGACUUUUCUGCCCAAAAUCAGGAUGAAUUUGCUGCCGAUGGCGUUGAUUUGUAUGAUGAUAUUGGUGCACCUCCAGAAGCAGCUGUCACUACCGCAGUAACUGUUACUUCAGUUAUUGGUGGUGAGAGUCCCGGCCAGGCAGGUAGUGGUCCAGAUGGCACUGGUGCAGCCGGCUCAAAUGGAGUUUACCAUCAAGGCAGUGGUAGCUUGGCUCCAAAUCAAGUGGGACGUCGUUUUCAACUAUAUGUAGGCAAUUUAACAUGGUGGAGCACCGAUCAAGACAUUGCAAAUGUUAUGCGUGAUAUUGGUGUAACAGAUUUCCAGGAAGUAAAAUUUUUCGAAAAUCGCGCAAACGGCCAAUCUAAAGGCUUUUGUGUUGUCUCCUUAGGCUCGGAGGCUAGCUUACGUUUGGUAUUAGAGCGUUUACCCAAAAAGGAAUUGCAUGGCCAGGCGCCAGUUGUUACAUAUCCUACAAAGCAGGCCUUAAAUCAGUUUGAGAGUCUACAGAAAACACGACCAGUACCACCACCACAGCAGAAUGGCCCGCCACGUGGCCCAACUCCUGGUGGACCACUGAUGCCAGGCGGUCCUAUGCCACCACAUCCCGGAGCACCCCAAGGAGUGCCACCUGGACACCAGCCACGACUAAUGAACCCCAAUAUGCCACCAGGCCAAUUUCGGCCACAGCAUAUGCCCCCACAAGGACCUCCAGUUGGUCCAAAUUCAGGACCACCUCGCAUGCAGCAACCACCCAUGCACCAAGGACCACCAAUGGUACCGCAACAAGGUAUGCAAGGUCCUCCAAGGUUUGGUCAGCAACAACCGCAGUGGCCAGGACAACCACGGCCAAAUGGUCCACGACCGGGACCGUUAAAUGGACCACCACAACGUCCACAAAUGUUCCAGGGACCACCAGGUGGUAUGCCAAUGCGAGGCCCCCGUCCCGAUUGGAGGCCACCUAUGCAUGGUGGAUUUCCUCCUCAAGGUCCACCCGGUGGCCCACCACAGGGUCCUCCUCAUAUGCAAGGUCCACCUAGGGGUCCCCCAGGUGGCCCACCUCAAAUGGGUGGUCCGGGUGGACCGCCUCCUGGUGGGCCUCAUAGCGGACCAGGCGGUCCUGCUCCUCAUGUCAAUCCAGCAUUCUUUAAUCAACCAGGUGGAGGACCACCACAACAUCCUGGCGGCCCUCCAAUGGCAGGUGGACCACCACACGGCCCACCCGGUCCAGGUCCUCAACAGGGAAUGAAUAUGCCUCCACAACACGGCCCACCACCGCACUUCGCCCAACAAGGUGCACCACGUGGUCCUUGGCCGGGUCCACCAGGGCCUGUCAAACCUCAAGGUCCUUUCCCCGAUCAAGCCGCCCUAGGGCCACAACUGAGCGAAGCUGAAUUUGAAGAAAUUAUGGGUCGUAAUCGCACUGUAAGCAGUUCGGCUAUUGCUCGUGCUGUCUCUGAUGCGGCCGCUGGUGAAUAUUCCAGUGCUAUUGAAACUUUAGUCACAGCAAUCUCACUGAUUAAACAAUCGAAAGUGGCACAUGAUGAACGUUGCAAGAUCUUAAUAAGUUCCCUGCAGGACACUUUACAUGGCAUUGAAACAAAGAGUUACAACAGACGUGAACGCUCCCGAUCACGUGAGCGAUCUCAUCGCCAAAGGCCGCGUCGGGAGAGAUCUUCGUCAAGGUAUCGUGAAAGAUCGCGGGAAAGAGAACGUGACCGCGAACGAGAUCGCGAUCGUGAUGCUGGUUAUCGUGAACGUAGCAGAAGUCGUGAACGUGAACGCCCUAGCACUAAUGAUCACUACAGAGAUGACAGCUCCAGCCGAUCUGCUCGCGCUCGUAAAUCACCAGAACAGCCAAGCGGUGAUCCCAGUAAUGAGGUACCCUCAAAGCGAGGUUAUUAUGAAGAACGUUACCGAGGAUCUGAUCGUGAAAGAGAACGUGACCGCGAUCGUGAUCGCGAGCGUGAUCGUGACCGCGAUCGUGAGCGCGAACGUGAUCGAGAACAUCGUUCAAGGCAUUAAAAUUAUGAAAUAAAACAAACACACAAAAAAAAUAUCUUAGAUGUAACAUAAAUAUUCUUCAUUCACCAACAACUACAUAUAUGAAAAUAACGAUAGAAACACAAAGAAAUACAACAAACAAUCAUUCAGCAAGUUUUCUAAAUGUAUAAUUGAAAUUAUUAACAUAAUUAAGACUAUACAUACAGAUUUCAAAUGAAGAUUAGAAUUUUAAAAAAUUUGAUUGAAUACAUCAACACAACUGAAAUGUUGGGAAAUAUGUAUGAACGAAAUAAAUUACAAUUUGUAAAAUGUUUUCAAUAAUAAUAAUAAUAAUUCAACUGGACGUAGAGAACAGAAUACAAUUUAUAACAAAACGAAAUGUGUACACAAUAUAGUCUUCAUAUUAUUUACUCAACAAUAAUAUUAACUACAAAUCUGGCCUUUUGUAAUGGAUAAAUGGAGACUAUUUCUAUGGCUCAUUCUUCUUUUUUUUCUCAUUAUUAUUACCUACAUAUACACACGUUGUUUGUAAAUUGAUAUUUCACAUUAUUAAUAAAAAAAAAAGAAAAUAUAUAAUAUUAUCAAUUAAAAAACUUAAAAAAAAAACUAAUAAUUUAAACAAAA